AUGUCGGCCGUAUCGCCAUAUGGAGCUGUAAUUCCACAAGUUGGGCCCAGUGCACCAGACAAUUUUGAAGUACUAAUUGAUGCAAAACAUUUCGACCCAAGGGAAAUCUCAAUUAAAGUCAACGGCAACAUCAUUUUCAUUGACGCUGAGCAUGUGCAACAGCAACCUGGUUGGCCAGUUAAAUACAUUAAACGAUCCAUCCAUCGUCAAUUCAAUCUACCACCAGGUUUUGAUGGAGCAAAUAUCGUGUCAGGCAUAACUCCAGACGGCAUUCUUUCGGUUAGAUGCCGUGCCGCAAAUUCUACAGGUCACUAUCCUGUCCCCACCCGUUACUGA